AACCCAGAGCCACCACCACCAUCUGGGUCCUACUUUUCAUUAUAGAUCCCCUUUUCAUUUUUCUUUUUUCUACAUUACCCAUUUUCUCGAUCACUCCCUUCUCUCUUACGCGUCUGCUUUUCCAGACAUACACACUCUACUCUCUCUCUCUCUCGCUCCUCCCUAGGACUUCCCCUCUCUAUAAACCCUUCAUUGAGUUCCAAGAUUCAAGACCAGCCAGGUAUAGAGCAGACUUGGCUUGUCGAGGAAUCAAGAUCAAAGAUUUUUAUUUUUUUUUCCCCUUCAAAUUAGAAGAAACCACCUUUAUUAUUCUUGGCAAUUCCCUCCCAUCUUUUUCCCCUACCCUUUUCUUUUGACCAUUUUGUAUGCGAAGUUUGCUUUUCCCGUCGUGGGUGCUCACCGGAGUCGAGUGGAGCGCAAAGUUGGAUCUUUUGGGCGAGUUAGAGCGAGAGAAACGGUGCCAGAUCGGUUUCCCCGUUGAGGUUUGGGAUAUGAUAAGCUGUGCUUUGUGGGUUUGAAGUGUUUCAGAUUUGCUUGGCCUUGUUGUGUGUGUGAUGGACACGAGGGGUCGGCUCAUUGCUGGUUCUCAUAAUCGAAAUGAGUUCAUUCUGAUCAAUGCAGAUGAGAAUGAAAGGAUUAGGUCUGUGAAAGAAUUUAGUGGACAAAUAUGUCAGAUUUGUGGGGAUGAGGUGGAGAUUACAGUAGACGGAGAGCUCUUUGUUGCCUGCAACGAGUGUGCUUUCCCUGUGUGCAGGCCUUGCUAUGAAUAUGAGAGAAGAGAGGGCAAUCAGGCUUGUCCUCAGUGUAAAACUAGGUUCAAGCGCAUCAAAGGUAGUGCUAGGGUUGAAGGCGAUGAUGAAGAAGAUGGCAUUGAUGAUUUGGACAAUGAGUUUGAUUAUGGAAACCUCAACGGUCUUGGUUCACAAGAAGUUUCAGAGGCAAUGCUCUCUGCACGCCUUAACACUGGCCGUGGCUAUCACUCUAAUGCAUCUAGAAUACCUACACACGCAGAACAUGAGACCUCUCCCCUUAGUUCUGAUAUCCCUCUAUUGACCUAUGGCGAAGAGGAUUCUGAGAUUUCUGCUGAUCAGCAUGCUCUUAUUGUACCCCCAUUCAUGGGUCAUGGAAACAGAAUCCAUUCAGUGCCUUAUACUGAACCAUAUGUACCAUUGCAACCCAGACCAAUGGUUCCUAAAAAAGAUCUUGCAGUAUAUGGGUAUGGGAGUGUGGCUUGGAAGGACCGAAUGGAGGACUGGAAGAAAAGGCAAAAUGAUAAACUUCAGGUGGUAGAGCACCAAGGAGUCAAUGAUGGUGGAAAUUUUGGUGGAAAUGAACUAGAUGAUGAUCCUGACUUGCCCAUGAUGGAUGAAGGCAGGCAGCCCCUUUCGAGGAAAUUACCCAUCCCUUCAAGCAAGAUAAAUCCGUACAGAAUGAUUAUAAUACUACGCCUUGUAAUCCUUGGCUUAUUUUUUCAUUAUAGACUUCUUCAUCCAGUUAACGAUGCAUAUGGCUUGUGGCUGACAUCAGUUAUCUGUGAAAUAUGGUUUGCUGUAUCAUGGAUUCUGGAUCAGUUCCCAAAGUGGUACCCAAUAGAACGAGAAACAUACCUUGACAGGCUAUCAUUGAGGUAUGAAAAAGAAGGGAAGCCAUCUGAGUUGGCCAGUGUAGACGUCUUUGUGAGUACAGUUGAUCCUAUGAAAGAGCCUCCUUUAAUUACUGCAAACACGGUUCUUUCCAUUCUUGCGGUUGAUUAUCCAGUAGAUAAGGUUGCUUGCUAUGUCUCGGAUGAUGGUGCUGCAAUGCUUACUUUUGAAGCGCUUUCUGAGACAUCUGAAUUUGCAAGGAAAUGGGUUCCUUUCUGUAAAAAAUUUAAUAUUGAGCCAAGAGCCCCCGAGUGGUAUUUUUCACAGAAGAUGGACUAUCUGAAGAAUAAAGUUCAUCCAGCAUUUGUUAGAGAAAGGCGUGCAAUGAAGAGAGAAUAUGAAGAAUUUAAAGUUAAAAUAAAUGCGUUGGUAGCCACAGCACAAAAGGCUCCUGAGGAUGGCUGGACAAUGCAGGAUGGGACUCCAUGGCCUGGAAACAAUGUACGGGACCAUCCUGGCAUGAUUCAGGUGUUCCUUGGCCAUAGUGAUGUUUGUGAUGUGGAAGGAAACGAGUUACCUCGUCUGAUUUAUGUUUCCCGUGAAAAGAGACCUGGGUUUGAACACCACAAGAAGGCUGGGGCCAUGAAUGCUCUGGUACGGGUCUCAGCAGUUAUCUCAAAUGCUCCUUAUCUUCUGAACGUUGACUGUGAUCAUUAUAUUAACAAUAGCAAGGCACUUAGAGAAGCCAUGUGUUUCAUGAUGGACCCCACAUUGGGAAAGAAGGUUUGCUAUGUGCAGUUUCCUCAAAGAUUUGACGGGAUUGAUCGUCAUGAUAGAUACUCAAACCGGAAUGUUGUAUUCUUUGAUAUCAACAUGAAAGGCUUAGAUGGUUUACAAGGACCCAUAUAUGUUGGGACUGGAUGUGUUUUCAGAAAGCAAGCACUUUAUGGAUUUGAUGCACCUGCCAAGAAGAAGCCCCCUAGCAAAACCUGCAACUGUUUGCCAAAAUGGUGCUGCCUAUGUUGUGGCUUUAGAAAGAACAAGAAUGUGAAGACAAAGGAGAAAAAGAAGAAACCUAAGCACAGGGAAGCAUCAAAGCAGAUACAUGCACUUGAAAAUAUUGAAGAGGGAAUGAAUGAAUCAAGCACUGAAAAGUCAUCCAUUAUGUCGCAAAUGAAAUUGGAGAAGAAGUUUGGGCAGUCUCCAGUUUUUAUAGCCUCCACGCUUCUGGAAAAUGGUGGAGUUCCUCAGAAUGUCAGUCCUGCAUCACUCUUGAAAGAAGCCAUCCAAGUCAUCAGCUGUGGAUUUGAGGAUAAAUCAGAAUGGGGAAAGGAGGUUGGCUGGAUAUAUGGUUCUGUAACUGAGGAUAUCCUGACUGGAUUUAAGAUGCACUGCCAUGGCUGGCGGUCUGUGUACUGCAUACCCAAGAGGCCAGCAUUCAAGGGGUCAGCUCCUAUCAACCUCUCAGAUCGUUUACACCAGGUUCUUCGGUGGGCCCUUGGAUCCGUGGAAAUUUUCUUAAGCAGACAUUGUCCAAUCUGGUAUGGCUAUGGCGGCGGGUUGAAAUGGUUGGAACGAUUUUCAUAUAUAAACUCUGUUGUUUAUCCUUGGACAUCCAUUCCCUUGGUUGUUUACUGUACUCUACCAGCCAUCUGUCUUCUCACUGGGAAAUUCAUCGUUCCUGAGAUAAGCAACUAUGCAAGCCUAGUAUUCAUCGCUCUCUUCAUAUCUAUUGCUGCAACUGGAAUCCUCGAGAUGCAGUGGGGUGGUGUUGGGAUAGAUGACUGGUGGAGAAAUGAGCAGUUCUGGGUUAUUGGGGGUGUUUCAUCGCAUCUUUUUGCCCUCAUCCAGGGUCUACUCAAGGUGUUGGCCGGUGUCAGCACAAACUUCACAGUUACCUCAAAAGCAGCAGAUGAUGGAGAAUUUUCAGAACUCUACAUCUUCAAGUGGACAUCAUUGUUAAUCCCGCCCACAACUUUGUUGAUUAUAAAUAUAGUUGGGGUGGUGGUUGGGAUCUCGGAUGCCAUCAAUAACGGGUACGAUUCUUGGGGUCCACUUUUUGGUAGGCUAUUUUUUGCCUUAUGGGUCAUUCUCCACCUCUACCCCUUCCUCAAGGGAUUACUCGGGAAACAAGAUCGGAUGCCAACCAUUGUUUUGGUCUGGUCUAUUCUGCUGGCCUCAAUCUUAACUCUUAUGUGGGUUCGAAUCAAUCCAUUUGUGUCAAGAGAUGGUCCUGUUUUAGAAGUUUGUGGGUUGGAUUGUGAUUAGGAUACGUGAAUAAAGCUUUAGUUUCUUCGCAGCGGCUACAAUUUUACAGGAUAGUUACGGUGUUGCAGAAGAGAUCAUUUGUUCUUUGGAUAGAGACAUAUGUUUGAUAGGGUUUCAUCGAUUCUUUUAUUACAUUCAUGUGGCUUCUUUGAGGGUUAAAUUCUUCAGUAUCUGUAUUAGAAAAGAGUACUGAAUCAUAAUUUAUUCCCUUAAGUGGGAAUGUCUCUUAUAUAUAUAUAGGUGUCGUAAAUUAGUUCAAAUGUCUGUAUGGUUGUUAUCAUACUCAGUAAACUGUCAUCAUGUAUGUUCUUCAUUUGGAGUUCCCAAGUAUAUAGUGGAUUUUGUUCACUUGUUUUCUUC